AUGUUGAAGUCAAUUCUAGGUUGCUGCAAAGUAUAUAUAUCAGAGAGCAGAAACAAGAGUGCAUUGGAAUCAAUUGAAAGAGCUGCUAAGUUUUUUCCCUUAGCACCAAUAAUUAACAAGUUUGAAGAUGCGGCGUACAAUAGAGUUGGUUACACACUUGUCUCUGAGUUGGAUUCAGUGGCUAAUGCAAAGUCAUGUCAUUUGACAAAUGCUGUGUUGGCUAUGGUUAAGGCUGCAUUUGAUACUGUUGACUUUGAGCUUCAUAGUGGAACUCAUCCUAGACUUGGAGUGGUGGAUCAUAUAUGUUUUCAUCCUUUGGUUGAUGCGUCGUUGGACCAAGCGGCUAGGACGGCAAGGUUUUUAGCUACUGACGCGGGCUCUAAGCUACAAGUUCCUACUUUCUUAUACGGAGCAGCACACGAAGAGGGGGUGAAACUUGAUUCAAUAAGAAGAACAUUUGGUUAUUUCAAGCCAAACUCUAGCGAAAACCAAUGGAUAGGGGUGUCGAAAUCCGACGCUUUGCCUCUGAAACCAUAUAGUGGUCCAUCUCAAAUGAUUCCGUCAAAAGGCGUUGUGGUCAUUGGAGCAACCAAUUGGGUUGAUAACUAUAAUGUCCCUCUAUUAUCUUCUGAUAUCAGUGCCGUUCGCAGAAUUGCAAAACGGGUUAGUGGAAGAGGUGGAGGGCUCGCUUCGGUACAGGCCAUGGCACUUACACAUGGUGAAGGUAUAAUUGAAGUAGCUUGUAAUUUGUUGGAUCCAAAGAAUGUUGGUGGUGAAAGAGUGCAGCAAGAAAUUGAACACCUUGCAAAGGAAGAAGGUAUUUCUGUGGAAAAGGGAUACUACACAGAUUUUUCACAGGAAGAAAUUGUUCAAAGUUACUUGAAGCUGUUUCAAGAGAAAAUUUGAUGUAGAAAAAUUACUGUCAUGUACUGUGUCAAAUUUUCCUUAAUUUUAAAAUUAAUUUAAUUUAUUUACAUUUACAAUAUAAUUUUUUUUUAUACAUGUAUCAAAUGAUAAUGGCCUAGUGAUGAAAGACUUGCGUCUUGAGAGUGUGCUCCUAUCAAAGUCUCGGAUCUGUGUUGGGCCAAGUCUAUACAGGCACUAUUGGCUGUAUUGUAACUUAUUUUACAAAGAGGGUGUACAAUAACGUUAUAAGUCAAUGUCACAACUUUUAUAUUAGGCAUUUUUGUUUAACAUUUUCUGUCUAUUAAUCUAGAACGAAUCAAACAUUAUAUGUAUUAUUGUGAGUGGCUUUUCCCAUUGAUCAUCUCUAUCCGGCUUAACAUGACAAUUGGC